CACCAGGGAACACACAGACGGUGGGUUUACAGAAGGGAAGAAAGAGAAUGGAGGUGAUUGGAUGGCCUCACCAUCGUCUUCUCCGUCGUACCUGAAUUCAACCUGUCGGCUUCUCGCUUGUUUGGAUUUGAAAGAGAAACACGCCGAGAGUAUGAAGGAGAUGGAGACUGAAUGGAUCAUGGAUGUUCCCGAUACACCUGAUCGGUUAGCUUCCAGACAAAGUAAUGGUGGACAUUUUGUUCAAACUGAGACUGAUUCAUCUUUAUCUAAUCGUUUAAGAAACCCUGAUUUCAUGACAGAAAAGGGGAUGAAUGGCAUGAAGGGCCUGGGGGUGCUUGUCAGUGAAAAUGGGGAUGAGUUGAGAUUAGAUAGUAGUUCCAAAAAUAUUCCUGGUGAGAAUUUUAAGGGUCAUAGAAACACCAUUAUUCUUUCACCGGGAGAGGAUUCAGCAUUGAAAAAUAAUCUGUUACUUAGAAAAGGUGGAAGGGAAAAAUAUUCAUAUCAGGGGCCGAAACGUUUUAUUUGUCCUCGUCGCUUGGAUAAAGGGAUAACUAUAUCUGUUGAUUCUCUUUCCAAACCACCACCUUGUCAAGAAAAUCCUCAAACGUUUAAUCGUAAUGUGUCUAAGGACUGUAAGAUUGAAAACACAUCAAAUGAACAGUCUGCACGUUACAUACCAAUUUCUCCAAAGAAACCCAACGUGAACACUAAAGGGAAGGAAAAGGUUGUUGAGGAAUCAUUCCAAGAUGUUGGUUUAUCCAUGAUUCAUAGAAAGGGAGUUGAAAAAUCCAAUAACAUUAAUACUCGACAUGAGAAGCAAGUUUUGGGUCAUCGUCAGUUUGCAAGCUCCCCUAGAGCUACUGGGCACAAGAGGUUGGUACGGAAUGGUUGUAUCUCACCUCAUAAUGUUACAAUAAGAGCAAAGAAUUUAUCUGAGCAGUGUGAAAAGAGUUCUAGAGCUGUUGAUGAGAACAAUUUGAGGAACAUGCCAUCAAACAGUCCAUCUUGUCCGAUAGAUAUAAAUGAUAUAGUUGCUGAAGACAAUUGUAGUAGCAAAGAUAAAGGAAAGGGGAUUAUGCGUCAGCCUUCUGUAUCACAUGAUAAUGAUUAUGUCAGAGUUAUUUCUGCUUCUAGCAGUGCAAUAGUUUGGCAUCGGGAGACCAUGCCGGUCUAUUCCAUGUUUCCAUGCAAGAGACUACAGUCUUGUCAUGAAUAUUUGAUUGACACACUACUUUAUGACCACUCUUGCAGUGACACGGAAAAGGCUGUUGGAGCUAAUCCAGCCCGAACGUCCAGAUUAGGUACAUCUGAAUGUUUUGAAGAAGUAGGUGUUUGGAGAAGAACACAUAAUCAUUCAAGGAAAGGGAUUGCCUUGUCUAAUCCAUCUGGGAGUUCUUUUAAGAAGAUAGAUAACGUUGGAAGGUUUUCUAAUGAAAAAAUUGAAAUUGUCAUGGAGAGACAAAUCCCUAGUGGGCAAGAACAUGUAGCAGAAACUGAUUGUGCAGGAAAUGGUGAUACAUCUCAAAGGGCUUCCAGCAUUGUGCCCAAAAUAGAACAAACUAUUGUACCGAUGCAUGUUGAAAGCAAACUAAACAAAAAACAAAGGAAACACGGAUCAACUUCACAAAUUAAUACUUCAUGCCCCAUUCCAGAUGUUGUGUACCUUGGUCCGUCUGAGGAAUCUUCAAACUCAAGGUCAACUAGACUCCAGAGUCGAAGAAUUCGUGAUAGUUUGAAUGAAGUUAUUGAGGUUGAUGAGUUGUCACCUGAAAUGAGACACCCUGUCUCCCAGAAUGUUGGCAGCUUAAAUGAUAACACCUCAGAUGCUAGGGCAAGACAACUUGAAGCUGAUGAGAUGUUGGCUCGUGAACUUCAGGAGCAACUAUAUCAGGAGAUCCCUAUUGGAGGAGAAGAGAUUGAUGAACAUUUAGCUAUGGCACUGCAGCAGGUGGAGCAUGGACAUUUUGCACCCUCCCGCCAGACUUACAGUAGUCAGAGGGGCUCACUGGUAGCACAGGCAAAUAGACGAACUCGAUCUCAAUCUUCACAAAACUCUUCUAAUAUAACACGGGCUCGAGUAACCCACUCUACACGUAUGGCACAGAUGAGGAAUCAAUUUUUUGGUGGCUCUCAUAGAGUGUCAACUAGACAAAGGAAUGUUAAUUUUCCUGUGCAUAUGGAUUUGGAUAUGAGACUUGAUAUAUUGGAAGCUCUGGAGGCUGCGGUUGGAGAAAUGGAAGAUGCAAGAAUGAAUAGGGACAUCUUGCACAGCCGGCGUGAUUUCAACGAGAAUGAUUAUGAAAUGCUGCUAUCCCUUGACGAGAACAAUCACCGCCAUGCUGGUGCAUCGACUAACCGGAUUAAUAGUUUGCCACAAUCUACAGUACAGACUAACAGCAUGGAAGACCCUUGUGCAAUUUGUCUCGAUACGCCAGCCAUCGGAGAUGUCAUUCGCCAUCUACCUUGCUUACACAAAUUUCAUAAAGAUUGUAUUGAUCCAUGGCUACAGAGGCGAACAUCAUGCCCGGUUUGUAAGUCGUCAAUCACCUGAUAUUAACGGUGAUUUCAGGCCUAUUACAAAUCAGCACACACACUCGUACUCUUUUGUGGAACCAAGCCUGUUAGAAUAGUUUGUGCUUGAACUCUCGGUCGGAAGCGUAAGACUUCAAAGGUGCAAUUCUCCAUUGGGGAACGAAGAAAGCCUCCCAGCCUGAGCCUGAAUGAGGAGUGGGCAUGGUGAAGAUUCAUAGUAUGUAUUGACAGGUUCUUAUACUUUAUAAGUUAAGGCAUUGCCAUUGAGCAGGAAAAGCUAAUUAUUAUACCAAACCUGUGAAAUAUAUUGGUGGCCAUAUAGUUUAGUUGCUUGGGCUGCACAAAAUUUAACAGGAAGACUAUGCAUAGUGCAAUUAACCAUUCAUGUAAAACUGCAACUUUUACCACAUCUCUCUAGUAAACUUUAUUCGGAAUGAAUGUACUACCAUGGUUUAUAUGGGUUU